AUGGCUCAGGCGCAGGCGACGAGAGGCGACCAGCACCUCAAGGCCGCGCAGCAGGAGCAGCCGGAGGCCAUCCAGUACGGCCACGUCUUCGCCGUGACGGGCGACCUGGCCGUGCAGGCCAUCGCGCCGCGGGACGCGGAGGCCAUGCGCUCGGCCGAGGACAGCGUGCCGGGCGUGCCCGUCCCGCAGGCCAGCGGCGGCGGCUUCAGCGCGGCCGUGGCCAUGGAGACUGCCGCCGCCUACAACCAGGCUGUCGGCGCCGUGCACCCCGGCCAGGCCAGCGCCGCCGCCACCAUGAAGGGCAUCACCGUCACACAGACGGCCGUGCCUGGUGGUCGUGUUGUCACGGAGUUCGUCGCCGGGCAGGUCGUGGGGCAGUACUCCGUUGCCGACCAGGCGAUGAUGGAGCAGGCUCAGCGGCAGCAGCAGGUCGUCGAGGAGGAUACGAGCAAGGUGACGAUCGGCGAGGCGAUGGAGGCGGCGGCGCUGUCCGCUGGCGAACGGCCUGUGGAGGAGGCCGACGCGGCGGCCAUCCGCGCAGCGGAGACGCAGGCGCAGGGGGAGGACGGGGUCUUGCCCGGCGGCCUCGCCGACCAGGCGUGGGCCGCGGCCAGCGCCAACGCCUGGGCCGAGCGCGACGAGGACAAGAUCACCAUCGGCGACGUCCUCACGGACGCGACGACGAAGCUGGCGGACGACAAGCCGGCGGAGCACGCGGACGCGGCGAGGGUGGUGCAGGCGGAGACGUACAGCGACGCCGGAGCGCGCACCAAGGCCGGCGGGGUGGGUGCCGCCAUGACCACGGCGGCGAGGCUCAACCAGGAAGACGACGACGACGACGCCUGA